CUCCUUCUUUUAUUAUCUGCUACACCCUGUUACACGAAAGCUCUAACCAUGCAGCACCACAACUCAUCCAACAGCUCGCUCAUCACUCCUGUCCCAACUGAGAACCUGAUUGCCAGUAUUGUGGUGGCAGUUUGCUUCAUACUGGGAGUCCCUGGUAAUAUUGCUGUAAUGGUGCGUCUGUCUGGAUGGCUGAAGAGAGGCAGUUUCACCCCAAGACUGAUGCUAAGCCUGGCCAUAUCAGAUCUACUUACUCUGAUUUCUCUGCCCGUUUGGAUUUGGGCUUUUCUGCAUGGCUGGGUGUUUGACUUGGUCUUGUGUAAGCUUCUCUAUUUCUUGAUCUACUUAAGCUUCAACUGCAGCAUACUGUGUGUGAUUUUGAUGAGCAUGCAGCGAUACAUCCAAGUGCUGCAUCCUGAGAAAUGGAAGAAGCUUGGCAGAAAAGGAAAGAAGAUCCUUUUGAGUGGGAUGUGGAUGUUAAGUGUAGUUUUAUCAUGCUAUGUUCUCAUACUAAGCAGUAUAAGCUUGGACAGAGGAGGACGUCUUCAGUGCAGGCUAAUUUUUCAGAAUGAGGUUGAAAUUGUGUCUAUUUUCAUUUGGGAGUUUAUACUAUUUGUAGCUUCAUUCACCACCGUAUCUUAUUUCUACUUUCACCUUCACAGAGGAGUUAAUAACUCAGCUUUCUUUAGCAGUAACUCAUUGACCAAGGUGGUGACCAGAAUUGUGGUGUGUUUCUUCAUUUUUUGGAUCCCACUUGAAAUCUCCAAGAUUGUGAUCAUCAUUGCAACAUUGACUGAGAAUGACCGUCUGAUAGGAUCUGCAGAAUCUGGAUAUUAUGUUACUACAGCUCUGGCUUUUAUUAACAGUUGUGUGAACCCCUUCCUGUACGCUUUCUCUGCUCGGGCUCUUCAACAAGGAACAGCUGGAACAAAUGAUCCUUAGUUUCUUGAAGAUAUCGAGGUUUGAGUGAGCUGAUGCACGUCUCUGACAGACUUUCACAGACAUUGCAUUUAAAGGAACACCAUAUAAAAUUAUAUAAAUCGUUUUGAUUAUU